AUGGGUGGCCAGAGAGAUUUUAAUGAACGCUGUGCCCAAUGUUCAGAAGUGAACUGGGGUCUCACUGAUGGAGGCAGAUUUUAUUGCAGAUCUUGCCACAACGUUACUGAGAGAACUAGAGAAGUUGUAAACACUGAUUUUAUUUCUAAUACAAGAGUCCAGACAAUCUCCAAUGUUUUAAGAAAGCAGGAAAAAACUGAUGGAGGCUGUGAAUGGUAUGUUUGUGAAGGCUUUCAGCUUGUACUCAAGAAACAAGCCGAAGCUUUAGAAGCAUUAGGAGUAUGUCCACAAAUGAAGGAUGAAAUUCUGUGCAAUUUUUGGAGGUGUUACCUUCAGAAGAGCAAACAGGCAUAUUGCAACAGACCAGCUGGGGAAACUGUCAAAGCAUUAUCAGUAUGUGAUAGCAGUACUGAUGCGGACAGUGAAUUAGAGAGACGUAGCCUUCUUCACAUGUUGUCUGUCUCUGAAAGUGAGGGGGAUCUACAGACUGAUUGCAGCUUUGCCUCAUCAACUAGCAAGGUCUCAGAAAGCACCUCUCUGUGCUCUGGAUCGGUAGAUGGUAGCUUGUAUUUAAUGAAGAACCAGAAGGAGAAACUGAGGAUGACUAUGCCAAUGACCCUUUCAUUUUGUUACAUGGCAUUACUCUGGUUGAGAGAACCAAUGACGUUAUCUGAUCUCUUAAGGUUUGUUGUUGAAGGUCAUGUUCCAUAUUUGAAUGUUUUUCAGCAUUUUCCAGAGAAGAUGAAAUUAUGUGGACUUGACCUUAAGAUCUUUUGUGUAGAGUCGUGGCCUGUAUAUGAAGAAGUAUACAACAAAAUGCUUGAGCUUGCAGCGUUUUUAGACCUGCCUCGAUUUCCAGAUAUAACAGACAGCUGCUUUCUUCAUCCAGACAUGUUGUGCAUAAAGUACUUGAUGGAAGCUAAUUUACCUGAUGAAUUGCAUAAUUGGACUUGUCGAGUGGUGAAAAAGAUCUGUGUUGGAGAAGUGGAUUUCCUGACUCUUGUGCCUGGAAAUAAGUCAACAAGAAAAGUGAAAUACGAUGUUCUUGCUGCAGCAGUCAUCGUAGUUGUGCUCAAAUUAUUGUUUUUAUUAGAUGAUCACUAUGAAUGGUUACUUUCAGAGUUUGCUGAAGAAAGAAAUAAAAAUAACAAAGAAGGUGGUCCAUAUUUUGAGUUCAAAAAGUGGUACAAGGUGAUAAAAUGUUCCUUGGAUGUGGAGCAAAAGAAAUUGGAUGAAGAAAGAGCCAAGUAUCUGUGGAGAUGUGAAAAGCCACUGUUUUAUUCAGCCAAGAAGAAAUCUAAAGUUCUUAAGAGAAGACGAAUGGUUGUGAACUUACAAAAUCAGUUUGGCAAGCUGUCUGGUUCAGUGCAACCUGCUGAAAAGCCAAAUCCUUCAAGUUUUCAGUUAAGCUGGUAUGAAGAAAACACAGAUGGGAGUUGUUUUCACGGGCAUAGCCUGAAGGGAAUUUUGCAAGAAAAAUGUGGUUUGCUUACCGCCAUGAACCCUGACUAUUGGCUGUGUACUGUUAAACUAUGUACUGAGAAAUUGUGUGGUCAUCUGGCUCAUUACAGAGAAGUGGACUUUCCCCAGAGUUACCAUUUUGUACUAAGGUUAUUCUCCUUUCUUCUGAGGAUACAGCCCUCUUAUAUCCAUGAUGAGGUGUGUGUGAUAGAACACAAACUUUUUAAUAAAAAAGUCUGUAAAAAGCCAAAAUACAAGACAACCCUAAGGAAGUAAAAAGGCCUAAAAAUAACAGUAUUAAAACCAUGUAAAUUAGUUGGUUGGAUCCCAAACCAUGGUAUUACAUCUAAAGUUGUAAUGAUCCUUUUGCCUGCAUGGAAAUUUUUUGUUAAGAUAGUAGUGCUGAGAUCUACUACUGUACUUUGGUUGUAGUGUCAUUUAAUCUAUAAUUUAAGUCACUGGUUUCCAGCUGGGAAAAUUAUCAAGGAAACAGUUUAUCACAAUUUAUUUCCUUACUUUGUAUCAGAGCCAACAGGAAGCUAUGAAAUUACCAUUUUUGGGGCAUAUUUGUACAUGCUUUGAGUGUAC